GGAGUGGCUGGUAACGGCUCUCACCUGAAGAGAAGAAAGGACGCAUUCACUGCAGCUCACCCAUCAGAGGAAAGCGCUAACGAGUCCCUCUGGAAGAGAACAGAGAGAGGCUAACACCGGACAGCGGACACCCGGAGAGGGGCUGACGUUUUGGGGUCGUGUUCUUGUACCUGGAACUGCGAGAGAGGGGGUUAAAUCUGCAGUGAGGACUAGUCUAAUCACACAGAUUACCUGUCGCUGUUAGUUUGAGCUGCCUCUUUACCCUGGAGAAAAGAACCGAGACGGUCAGAGCGAGUGACUAGAGCCGUGCUGCACAUCCCACUGACAAUACCUGAACAACUUAUAAACAGAAUCCCGUGUGCUGUCAUGGACAGUGUGAAGAUGGAAUCUGUCCAGAUUAAAGAGGAGUUCUCUGAACUUGAACCUCUCCCCUUUACAGUGGAUUUCUUUGGGCUGGCUUCCCUCCCCAUGAAACAGGAGCUCUGUGAGAUGCAAUGUGACAGCAGUCAGCCACAGGUCUCUGAGAUUAAAGCUGAGCACAAUGAAUUGGAGAUCCCGCAGACAGAAGAACACCUUCCUGUUAAACAAGAAGAGGUGCUGGAAAUUGUCUGUAUUAAACGGGGUCCCCCUGAAGUAGAGUUUGAGCACAUGGAACCAGUGAAGGAAGAACCAGAGGACUUCAAACCAAACAUCCCUGAGCUGGAGCCUGUACGCCUGCGGGAGUGUAGCGUGGUGCUGGAGAGAAUCUGCGUGAGAGAGCAAGGCGCUGGAGAGGAAGGCUCUCUCAACAGCAUGCAAGGAGGUGGACAGGGAGACAGGCGCUCACAUUCAGAAUGCAGUCUAGCAGGUUCCAGUCCAGCAGCUAAAGUGAGGGCAGGCGGUGGAGAAUAUCCUGACUGUGGGAAAGGUUUCACGCUGUUCGUGCAUUUAAACAAAACCCAGCGAACUCACACAGGCGAGAAACCGUAUCACUGCUAUGACUUUGGGAAGAGUUUCAGUCAGUCAGGAUACCUUGUUUCACACCAGCAAACUCAUACAAGAGAGAAACCAUAUCGCUGCUCUGACUGUGGGAAGAGUUUUAGUUGCUCAGGAAACCUGAAAGCACACCAGCGAACUCACACAGGAGAGAAACCGUAUUGCUGCUCUGACUGUGGGAAGAGUUUCCGUGUGAAACAAGGCCUUCAAAACCACCAGUGGACUCACACAGGAGAGAAACCGUAUCGCUGCUCUAACUGUGGGAAGAGUUUCAGUCGGGCAGACAGCCUUGUUUCACACCAGCGAACUCACACAGGAGAAAAACCGUAUUGCUGCUCUGACUGUGGGAAGAGUUUCCGUUUUAAACAAGGCCUUCAAAACCACCAGUGGACUCACACAGGAGAGAAACCGUAUCACUGCUCUGACUGUGGGAAGAGUUUCAGUCGGUCAGGCAGCCUUGUUUCACACCAGCGAACUCACACAGGAGAGAAACCGUAUUGCUGCUCUGACUGUGGGAAGAGUUUCAGUCGGGCAGACAACCUUGUUUCACACCAGCGAACUCACACAGGAGAGAAACCGUAUCACUGCUCUGACUGUGGGAAGAGUUUCAGUAGGGCAGACAGCCUUGUUUCACACCAGCGAACUCACACAGGAGAGAAACCGUAUCACUGCUCUGACUGUGGGAAGAGUUUCAGUGUGAAACAAGGCCUUCAAAACCACCAGCGAACUCACACAGGAGAGAAACCGUAUUGCUGCUCUGACUGUGGGAAGAGUUUCAGUGUGAAACAAGGCCUUCAAAAACACCAGCGAAUUCACAGAAGAGAGAAACUUUAAAAACCAUGUUCAAUGGGACUUUUCACUCAUGAGGGGAAAAUAAUAUUAACCUUGCAUUACGAAUCCCUGUGUAAUAACUGUUUUGUAGAUCACUCUUAAGAGCAUGCAUUUAAAACUCUCUUGCACUCUGUGUCAGAUAGUGGGUGAUGAUGCGGACACGUCACAAGAGGCUUCUCUGCUGUCAGUUUAACUCAGGCUGUCAAUGCAGUCAGUGCCUGGGAGUGGGAAUAUGCAGAAAGGAAACUAUUCCACACCUCAUCUGAUGGACGAGUCAGGAGAAAUUGAUAACUCGGUGUGGAAAUGAGUUUCAGAGUUUAACAUUUUGAACUUACUCAAUUUAUUUAUUUUCAAGUUAAUUAUCAUGCUUUUUAUUUUUUUAAUGAUCUAAUGUACAAUAAAUGAUAAAUUGUU